AUUGUAAAAGUUCCUCAGAGUUUCCUUCGCUGUUUAAAGUUGCGUUAAAGUUUAGCACCGUUCUGUUGUGCUUUUCGAUUGCCCUCAAUAAAAAAUGUCAGACUCGAAAAAGUGACAGCAGUUCACCUUUGAAAAAAAGCUUGAGAUGUUUGCGGUUCUUGAUUCCGGUUUAAAGAAAAAAGAAGUUGCCAGCAAAUUUGGAAUUUCACUGUCAACACUCUCAGCCUUCUUGAAGCACUGCACAAAAAUCAAGGAGAAAUCUCAGGAAGGAAACCUUGGGCCUCAGCACAAACGUAUAUAAUCUGCAGCGUUUGAAGAUGUUGAAAGAGGAGUUUUUAUGUGGUUGCAAGAUGCUUGUGCGAGAAACAUUCUGAUUACUGGCCCACUCAUCUAGGAGAAAGCAAAAUAAAUGGCUACUGCCUUGGGGUAUGUAGACUUUACUGCAAGUUUGGGGAUGGCUGAUUCGCUUUCGAAAUCACAGCAAAAGAAAUCUGUGUUGUACAGUCGGCAGUUCCACUCGAGACAGUAAAUGAAUGGAGAUCCAGUGAAGUUAAAAAAUUGAUCGCUCUCUACAGUCCUGACGAUGUUUUUAAUGUUGACGAGACAGAUAUUCUGUAAGCUGCUACCACAAUGCACUUUGGAUGCCAGGUAUGAUUCCUUGUCGCGGAGGCAAAAAAUCGAAGCAAAGGCUUAUGACUCUCUUUUGUUGUAAUUCCUUGGGGACAGAAAAGUUUCGGCCACUUAUCAUUGGGAAGUCGGCAAAGCCUCAUUGUUUUAAAAAUGUGAUGUUUCUCCCGUGUGAAUAUAAAGCCAACAAGCUCGCUUGGAUGACUACCCCAGACUUCGGAGAAUGGCUUAAACAGGUUGACAAGGACAUGAAAAAGAAGAAUCGGAAAAUCCUGCUGCUCAUUGACAACUGUCUAGCCCUCAAUGUCAUUCCUCGCUUAGAAAAUGUACGCAUAGAGUACCUAACACCAAACUGCACAGCUGUUCUUCAACCUCUGGAUUUAGGCAUCAUUUGAAAUGUGAAAGUACAUUACACGAAGACGCUUUUGCGUAAAAUGCUAGCCAGCAUUGCUUGCGAAAAAAGUGAGCCUGAAGUUAAUGUGAAGGAAGCCAUAGAAAUGAUUGCUAGUGUCUGGUUGUGUGUCACAAAGGACAUUAUUGUGAAGAGCUGGGAAAAAAAGUAGCAUAAUUAAGCUGGCUUUCAACCCAGAUGGCGGUGAAGACGAGGAAGAUCCUGUGGAAGACCCACCAGUUCAUGAGCUGUGGGCUAACAUUGCAUGGAAGUCAUCUGGAAUCCCUGCAGAGCUCAAUUUCAAUGACCUUGUCACCACUGAUGACCAGGUACUUGUCACGAUUGAGAUGACUGAUCAAGAAACUUUGAAUAGUGUGACCAACGUUAAAGCUCCAGGAGCGAGUGAUAGUGAUGAAAAGAAGAUAUAGCUAUAGUUACCAAGGAGAAGUGCUGGUGAAACUUUCAAGCACGUCAGAAAUUUUCUGAUCUAUUCAGACGUGGCAAAUGAUGACAUUUAUGAUGCCUUGAAACAAGUAGAAAAUGCAGUGCUAACGUUAGUAACUAAACGUUUUUUACAGACAAAAGUAACAGACUAUUUAAAGAAGUAAAUACAGGUAUUAAAAUGGAUCUAAAUAAUGGUGCCUGGCUGACCAGACGGCGUGACGAGCUGGAGCCUCUACUCUUAUGUCACAUUAUACUUUGAAACGAAGGGGAGUAUUAUCAUUCUGAGAACCGGGUGUGCCUCCAUUUUACACAGAUCUGUUUGCACUUCUGACUUCAGGAAAAGAUCACUACAUCUGUUUUGAAUUUGCACCAGUUACUUCUUUCAUCCUCUUUUGAUACAGUGUUGGGUUUUUCCCCUGUAGACAAUCAAGAUAGAUGUGCCUCUUAUCUGUAAACUGCCUCCUUCACGCUGAAAAUACAAUUUUUGUUUGACUCCACUCUUUCAUCUCACCACUUUUACCAUCUCCUCAUUAUAUUUUUUAAAAGUAAGAUGCCCUGCCCCAUUCGCUCUCUUGAUUCCCCAUGCACUUUGGCUUUGCUAGUUGGAUUCCAGUUUGCCUUUGUAGUUUACUUUUCUCUGGGUGGGUUUAAGGGCAUGGUGUCAGUGCUUAUUCGUUCAUCUGAGCCCCAGUUUGACUACUCCAAAACCCAGGAUGUCUACACAAACCUCAGCCUGAUGAGUUCAUCUCUAAGCAAACCGGAAACAUCAAGAGAUGAAAACAGGGUCUACCUCAAGGACUGUCCAGAGAUCUCUCCUUAUCUAGUGGGUCCAGUCACAGUUCUGCUCUCUUCUGCUUAUUCAGUCUCUCAAAUUCAGCAGAAGAACCCCUUAGUUGCUCUGGGAGGUCGUUACCAUCCACCAGACUGUGAGCCACGUCACCACACAGCUGUCAUCAUUCCUUACCGAAACAGACAGGCACACCUGAACAUUCUCCUCUACCAUUUGCAUCCCUUUCUUCAGCGGCAGCAAUUGCACUAUGGCAUCUAUAUUAUCCACCAGGCUGGGAAUUCUACAUUCAACCGUGCCAAGUUACUUAAUGUUGGAGUACGUGAAGCUCUGCGUGAUGAUGACUGGGAUUGUCUGUUUCUUCAUGAUGUAGACUUGCUUCCUGAAAAUGACAAAAAUCUGUAUAUGUGUGACCCUACCUCUCCUAAGCAUGUUUCUGUGGCCAUGGACAAAUUUGGAUACCGGCUUCCGUACUCUCAGUAUUUUGGUGGAGUUUCUGCCCUUACUCCUGACCAGUACCUGAAGAUGAAUGGCUUUCCAAAUGAAUACUGGGGCUGGGGGGGAGAAGAUGAUGACAUUGCUGCCAGGGUUCGGCUGUCUGGAAUGAAAAUAGUACGACCUCCAAUGUCCGUUGGUCACUACAAAAUGAUCAGACAUAGAGGAGAUCGGGGAAAUGAAGAGAACCCACACAGAUUUGACCUGCUCCUGCGUACUCGUCGAUCUUGGAGGCAAGAUGGAAUAAACACUCUGACCUAUAACCUACUUUCUAAAAGUCUGCAGCCCCUCUACACCAAUGUCUCAGUGGACAUUGGUGAUGAUCCCAACAAGAAUCGGAAGAAAGGCUCUAACAACGCGGUAAGCCUCCAAAACAAACUUCCAAAUAUUCAGAGCCCUACAAAGGUCGCAGUGGAAGCAAAUAUCCCAAAAAAAGCUGGGACUGAGAAGUCACAUGUGGGUGGCAUUGAAAAAAAAGACGGCAAGUUUGCGACAGAAAUGAACCAUAUUGGCAGUUGAGCUAAUGAGCCUCAGAGUGACACUGGCAGGAACAAGGCUGCAGGUAAUUUCAGGCAACUUGAGGGACACGCUUAAAGGAUUCAUUUUGACCUUACAGUAAUUGAAUCAAGUGAAAUAUACCUGAUUUGUGCAAUAUCAUUGCUUUUGAAAGACAAAUCAUUAUGAAUCGUGCAUUAGUGAUUUUUCUAUCCAGAAUUAGUCUCUGUACAUUCAUUUGUAUUUGUGCCUUGUAGUGUUACUGAUUAUUUAUUCAUUGGGUAUAUUUCACCCAUUUAUUUUUUCAUUUGGUUCAGUAGCAGUACACUUUUUUGUUUUUGUUUGAGCAGGAAUGCGUUAUGCUGUGAAGAAAGCAUCCAUGAUUUUAUUGCAAGGUGCACUGUAUUACACUUUAUUUCUCCUAGGCACAUUGGUUGUGUAUUAAAAUGUUAAACUUAGCAAAAAUGUUUAUAAAAGGAAUAUCAUGUUUCCUUGAAAUCCAAUAGGGAGUACUAAGCAGCUGUAAUGACAAAACCUAGAGUAUGUAUCUGUGAGGUACGUAACGUGUUGAAAACACAGUACUGUGUAUUUUAAAGAAUAAAAAUCUUAUUGAGGUACUGUAUGUUAAAAUGAAAAGCAUAGUUUACACCAAAUGAUAUUUGUAGAGCAUAUUAGUUAACAAAGCAGCUUUCAAACCGAGCCUUAAAGCAGCGUACAUUUUACGAUGCUCUUUGUCAGCAUGGUUUAGAUCUCUUCAAGUCUUACUUCAGCUUUGCUGCCUUAUUGAGAGUUCAUUUAGCUGUUUACUACUCAGAUCAUGUCCCUGGUAGCUAGCGAUUAGGUUACAGCGUUUUAGUUUCAGAGUGCUCAUUCGCAGUAAGGCUAUUGGUCAUAUCGGUGCUAUUUUCCCUUCAUUUUAUUGCUGGGUUUUUUUUCACCCUUUCAUGAAAUGGUUCUUCUCAGUUGUGCCAGCAUUUACAUUGUCUAUUCUUUAAAUACCGCUCAUAGAACUAUUUUAGCAUAUACAGUUUAAAGCUUAAAUUAUUAUUUCAUUGUAAAGUAAAUUUCAGGACCUUGGAAAAUUGUUUGGUGUUUCCUCUCACCCCCAGAGAAGCCUUGAAGUCCUCUUUGCAUUUUCUAAUGCUUCAAAAGUUGAGUUAAAUUAAACUUUACCAGGGCCAGUAGCUUUAUUAUUAUUAUUCUUCCUUUGUAUAAAUCACGUUAUGUUGUUCUCCAGUCUCAGUGAUAACUUUUUUUAAGAAGUGCUGCAUAUAAUACCAUUUUCCUGGAAGAUACUGUAAAAAGAAUUUACAGAAUUCCUGCUAGAAUAUGUGGUGCACUUCAUUCCAUGCUUGAAGCACAAUAUGGUUAAAUCUGUACUUUGAUUUUUGUUCAAUUACAUGUCCUUCAUCUUUAAUUAGUAUUGUUCUACCUUUCAGUUUUUUGGUUUUUUUUUUUAAUAUACUGCUUUGCUUCUUCAAAACAUGUAAAGUCUGCUUUAAAAGAACCCCAGGAAAGAAUUAAAGCUGGAGCUAAAGCGCUGUAAUAUGCCAGAGGUACAAUUAUCAUGUCGACAAGUCGUUUUUAGGAAUCCUUAUCUAAGGAACAUAUUAGUAACAAGAUGACCUGAACAACUGAUGUGAGUGAUAAGGAGGUAUUAUACACGAUUUUAAAAGCACAGAGAGAAAUUGACUUGCAUGGAAACAUUUUCUUGUACACUUAGAUGUGCCAGUAAGUUCAGUCGUACAGUUAAUAAUUUAUUUUUUGCUUUGUUGUAAUUGUUCCAUAUUAUUUACAAAAUCAGUCGAGCAUUUUCAUUCAUUUACUAAGGUGAACCUAAAACCCACCUUGCAGUGUGAAUCAUUUUCAUCCUGUUUAAUCCAGGAAUUCAUGGGAAUCCCUUCUUAAUACUAUUUAAGAUGAUUUGAGGACUUUCUGUAGUACGCUCACUGUCUAAUUAACAAGUUGUACAAUCUCAACAUUUCCUCCACCACUGUCUUGAUCUGUCCGUUCUGUUAGCUCUCGUGCAGUGUCACGUUGCCUCUUUUUGCCCCUUCUAAUAUCUUUUUACUUUUUGCUGUGUCUGGUGCCAAAUGGAAAUUUAAACCAAUGGCUCUUAAUCAUUAGAGGUCCACAUUGUCAGUGUGAUUUACUGCCUCUUUCUUAAACCUAAUUUGGCAAUUUAGUGAACUAUUUAUACAUGCCCAUAUGAAUUUAAAAUGUCAUAUCUUGAGUCACUUUUGGACUCUUUAGAUUGCAUAUCUGCACUCCUUUAAAGCUUGCCCUUUUUUUUCAGAUCAAGCAUGAUAACCGUUAUACUGUACUAAUUUUGAUUGGAACCUGCAGAUUGUAAUGAUAAUGCAGGCUCCAAUGUACUGCAUUUCCUACAGAGAAGCACCUAAUUCAUUGACAUUCACACUUGACUAUCAAGUCUGUAGUUUGGGAAUUCUUCUUUGAAAGCCACAGUGCGGAUGUACAUCAUUUAUAAAGUGGCAACAUUUGUAAUUUGGAUUUAUUACUAAGGCCUAUGUUUUUGAUUUCAAACAUGAGGGAACACAUUUUCUGUAGUUAAUGCGAGAGCCUCCAAGAGUCUCCACACUGGGGGAUAACGGGUGUUUUUUUAAAAAUUGCAAUUUUAACCAAUUUUUAAACAUGCUGCCAGCAUGGAACAAUGUUUAUAAGGCCUUUAAAAAUUGAUCCAUGAAAUCUGGCGAAAUUGUUUUUGUCCUUUAUCAAUAAUGUGCAUGUUGCCAAUUCGGGGGAAAAAAAAAUACAAUCAAUGUUUUAAACAAACCUCCAAACAAGAGUCUUUAUAUCAUAAUGAUUAAGUUAGUGCAAUCUGAUGGAUUUCUUUUUAAUUAUUUCUUGUUUUUUUAUUAUGUUUUCUGUUUGUCUUCUUUAUUUCUGAAUCAUCUCUGUUCUUGCAUUUCCAGUGCAGUUUAGACAUGUCAAAGAAAGGAAAACUGUGUGAUCUACAUGAUCUGCCUUUAUCACCUUUCUGCCUUGUCCUCAUAUGUAUAUAUGUGUGUGUGUGUGUAUAUGUAUGUAUGUAUGUAUAUAUAAUAGUCAAUCGUGUGUACGGAUUAGAUGGUGUUCUUGUUCCCAGAUGAAACUAUAAAAUGGAUGAACGUGGGAAACCGUUCUGGUAUGUUAGGUGGUAGCUUGGGAACUGGGACUACCUGGGAACUGUAGUCCUGUUGGACAGCCUUGUUGCGUUCCAUGGGUGCCACUGGGGGGAGCUGCAGGAAAGAACAAGGCUUCCAUCAGACCCCAAAGUGCUUCAUUCAUGCAGUGUCCUGGCACUGGAUGUGCUUCAUGGUCCAGAUUAAGACAGGCCUCCUCAUCUUAUUCAGGGAUUUGUGUGGAAGGAGUGGUGAGAGGGAAAACUGAGAGAAAGAGAAGAGAAUUGUGCUUUAUGGAAGACCUGUAAAGGUGGUAUUGUGAAUAAAGGGUUAUUUGAACCUGUGACUGGUUGUGGUGCAGUUGUGUUGAGGGUUAGAUAUAGAUAGAUAUAUAUAGAUAUAAUAUGAGAGAUAGAUAUGAAGUGUUUUCUUGAGUUGUCAUAUCUCGUACAUGCUUUUUUGUAAGUCUUUCUCUCUAUUACAGAGUCAUUAUAAAUACUACGUGAAGAAGACUUUGACUUGUUAAUUUUUGUUAAUAUGAACACAAGUGUUUAUUUUGCCCCUAUGGUCUCUACUCCACAGAUUUCCAAAUUUACGGGUUUAUAACUUACUAUUUUGAAGAGUGUUUAUAUCAAAUAUAAUAGUACAGUAUGUUUAGUUACUUCUUAUUGUAUGUCCCCAGUGCCAAAGAGACAAAUUGACAGACAUUUACUUCCCAUUUUCGCUUUGGACAUUUUGGUGUUUUUAUACCCAAGUGCUGAAUCUCGGUAUAUGCCAUAAUAAGGCAACAUUUGUUACUCUUAUGUGUACUACAGAGAGAUGUCAUACACAUAUUUCAGCCCUGCUUUUUGUGUGAUUCCAAGAAUAACCUUACCAUACCCAACCACUGAAAGUUUGUGAAUAUUACGGGCAGACCUGUUUUGUUCAGAAUCAUUAUCUUGGUGAUUCCUUGUUUGUGUUGCUUGCUUCAUGUGGAAUUUUGCUCUGCAGGGAAUGAUGUCAGCACCAUGUCUGCAUUACACUUGUGGUGGGAGAAUAAGAAUCAAAUCCUGUCAUAAUCAUAUAUGUUGCAUAAUGUGGCAUGAUGAGUUUGCACCUUAUGUAAAGGAGGAAGAAGUGUUACUGUUUAUCCCACUCUUGUUCGUUAUAAUACAGUGGCGUCUAUAGGCUUGGUGGCAGUAUUGCACAUUAAAGCAACUACUGUAUCUUGGUUUACUAAACCUCCAUACUUAUCCUACAUUAAACAGGGUUGUCUAUUUAUUUUAACCUGCUUAGUUAAUUUCAAAAGGGUAAAUUGUUCAUUCUUCAUUCGAAUAAAACUUCACAUUAUAAAUUGUAUGCCCAGGAAUGGAACAGGAAUGUACACAGUUAUCUUUCUCACCCCUUUGUGCAUAAUGAUCAGUUGAUAAACACCACACAAACACACACACGGGUACAACUCAUAACUCGAUUAAUUUGCUCCCUCUGCUUUAUACUUGAUUUGUACAUUUUGCUUCUUAAGGCAAUUUUAACAAGUGUAUUGAGUUUAAUAAAAAUAGGAUUACAGAAAAAUGUUUUUUUAGUUAUUAAAAGGUUAUAAUUAAGGUUUGUACAUUAUCAAAUUCCAUGGAUAUUUUUCAGAUCGAUAACAAUUGGAUAAAUGAAUUUACCAAAUGUCGCCCAAGAAUAUAGAAGUAUUCCCUUUUUACGGUGUUAUUGUUUAUAAUAUAAUACUUUUGUAGCAACUGUUUUGUAGAUAUUCUUCAAGGCACGUUCCAGUUAAAUUAUUUGAUUUGUAUUGCUGACAUUGACUUGAUACGUGAGUUACUAUAUCAGCCCAAACAGUAUGCUAAAGAUGCAGUUGACAAUUCAGACGACUGCAGAAAAAUGCAGUUGAAAUGUGUAAAUGUAAUUUAACGUGUUAACCAUUUAAUGAAGUGCAAUUCAUAUUCCUCAAAAGCCCUUAGAGUGAAACAGUACAAGUGGAGUUUACUUUUCCUUCAGGACCCAAUGAAUUACAGAAUUUAUCCUUUUUAACGUUUAUGUCAUAAUGGAGAAGAAAUACUAUGAUUAAUAUAUAAAGAGAAAAAAAAAUCAAAAGCGGGGUGCUUAAGUAAUGCUUUCUGUUUUCUCAGUCUUUAAAGAACUAGUUUUAUAUUAUCGCUCAGAGUAUUUAAACAAAAAUGUGUCAAGAGAAAUUUAUUUUUUGUGGUUCAUCUUCUGCCCCAAAGCUGUGUAUCCAAGUAAAAUGAUCAAAUGAAUGAAACUUUGAUUACUGGCAUCUCAUUUAUGUGUCUGCAUUCCAAGAGAAUGCCACUUGUACAAAGCUCUUUAUAAAUAAAUCAAUAAAUAAAACCUUAAAUCCC